AUGGAUGUGUUGUUAAAGGAUAUAAGGAGUGCUUUGGGGCGGGGAGAAGGUAUAAAGACCAUGCUUUUGGAUGAGUUUACUAAAAAGGCACUCUCGCCGCUUAUUUCACAUAGUGAGUUACUCUCCUAUGACUUCUUUCUCUUUGAAAUGAUUGCGCGGGAGCGGCCGGCUAUUGCGGUAAGUUGUGUGACAGUUAUUGCUAAAGCGAGCUUGCCUUUGCUGCUCAAAGAGUUGGCGGCGCCUAAGUAUCGUGAAUACUUCUUGUUUGUGACUAACGAAAUGUCUAAUGAAGAAAUCUCGCAAGUAGCUGAUAAAGAUAUUCAUGGAGUUGUGCGUGAGUUUCAGGAGUUGUAUAUUGGUGGAGUGCCGAUGGAUACUGGCUUGGUGUUGCUUAGUGAGGAUACGGGCUUGCGUUGUGCACAGCAACUAGUUUGUGCCUUGAAGGGGUUUGGCUUGGUGCCGAGUGUUCGCUUUCAGUUUGGCUCGGAAGUAAGCUAUCAAACAGCUGAAGUAGUGGCGAGUGCUUUUGCGGACCAAAAGUCCUGUAAUGCGGAUUUAUUAGUGGUUGAGAGGGCUUUUGAUCUGUUUACUCCUCUGAUGUAUACUUGGUCGUACCAGAGUAUGGCGGGCGAGUACUUGGACUAUCGGCCGGGCAUUCUGCACUGGGGUGAGAACUCUUUGUGUUUGACCAGUGACGACCUUUUCUUUGAGAAGACUAAAUUCAUGGAUAUCUUAUCUGCGACCACUUUCUUGCGCGACUCGCUUAAAACGGUCAAGGAGUCUCGAGAUACCAUUGGCGAGUAUGUCGCUACUAUUCGUCAGAAGGCUAAAGAUAGUGAACGGCUAAUUAUGCACCUGAAGGCGCUAAGUGAAAUAUCGAAAGCUUGUCUGGCGAAUGACUUGGCCGCUGAGGCUCUGGCUGAAACCAUCUUGGGCGUGGAUUCUGAAGAAGUCUCGGCGACAAACAACUACUCUGAAGAACAGAAGAUAAAACUGGCCCUCAUUUCUUACUUGAGUGAAACUAUUCCUGGCAAACACAAACUUCCUAAUAUCUUCCGUAGUGACAAAAAGCCUGAUCAAAACCGCCAAAGUAUGUACCGAGCUGAGAUAGAACAAUUCAAAAAACAGUUUGUGAACUCCAAAGUUGAUUUGCGACGGCCAACCUAUGAGAAGAACACAAAUCGAAAACUAGGAUACAUUCCAGUUAUCUGUGCCCUGGCCAGUAAACUCAAAGCUGGUACUUUGAGCAACAGUGCAUAUCCUUCGCUGAAGUCUAGCACGGACAAGAAAAAGGCCUUGGUUGUGUUUAUAUCGGGCGGAGCUACCUUCCUUGAGCAUCGAUCACUCCAGCUGUGGUUUGCCCAGAAGUAUCCCGAUCAGAUUUGCAUUAUUAUUAGCGAUCGGAUUAUCCGGUCUUCUGAUAUUCUUUCGUCUAUUAUCCAUCCAAAGAAGGACUCCGACUAA